AACAGACCUUAUGUUUAAGUUUUUCUUAGCGAAUACUAUUCGCCGAAUAGUAAGGAUUAUUAAAUUGUUCGUUCAUCUUCAUUUAUCUUCUCAGGAUGAUAUAAAAGAAUGAUUAAUAUAUUACAUAGAGAAAUUUUUCUUUUGUUCGUUUUUUAUUCUUUCUUCACAGAAUACUGUAAAUAUAGACGCAACAAAAUGGAAUUAAUUUUCCUCACUCAGAACUGACAAGACAGUACAAUUGUCACGAAAUUAUUUUCUUUAUACAUUUAAGCAUUGGAAAUUAUGUCUUCAAAUGAUGAAACGCAAAUUGAAAACUGUAAAGAAAAAAACGAUAAAAAAAGCGUGCGUAAGCAAAAACGUGCUUAUUACAGAUUACUUAGGGAUAUGAAUAUUAAAUGCGCUGAUAAACCUACUCAGCAUUUGAUGAUAUGCAACGGUGGGUUGGUUACUGGUAUUAAAAGGGAGACAUUGCAAUCUGUAUUAGAUGCAUUGAUCUCCAAAUAUACUUUAAUAAUGCCAUUGGGAAAGUCGUAUUGCUUCAUAACAUGCAAUUCGAAGGAAGAUGCGACUUGCAUAUAUAAUUAUAUUCAUGGCCGUAUUAAACUUCCGGGUCAAAACGGCCCCUUAUAUGUAUGUUAUACUGAAACAGUUCCCAAUAUAGAUAGCAAUACAUUCAACUGUACACUUCCACCUGGUCUUGUAUUAAUAGAGAAUUUCAUAACAGAAGAGCAAGAAGAAACUUUGUUAAGAAUGAUCAACUGGGAAGAAUGUGAGUAUGUAUCAUUUUUGCUUAAACAGAGUGCUGUUGCAGAAUCAGUCUCAUCGCAGUUGAAACAUAGACAAGUGAAGCAUUUUGGAUAUGAAUUCGAAUAUGGUAGAAAUAUAGUGAAUCCCGACGAGCCUAUUGUUCCGAUUCCGCAGGACUACAGAUUUUUACAGACAAUGUUCGACAAGUAUGGUCAUAAGUACACAUAUGAUCAGUUGACUAUCAACAAAUAUUUGCCUGGACAAGGCAUACCACCACAUAUCGACACGCACAGCGUCUUUGAGGACGCAAUACUGUCUCUGUCAUUGGGUUCCGCGUGUGUCAUGAACUUCAAAAGGGAAACUCAGAAAGUAGAUGUGUUCUUGCCAGCCAGAUCGUUAUUAAUCAUGACAGGGGAAGUGAGAUACGCAUGGACACACGGCAUCUGUCCUCGUCAGAGUGACACAAUUGCGACGGAGAAUGGAACCACGAUACAGGAGCGCGGCGUCAGGGUAUCCUUUACUUUCCGAAAAGUACGACGAGGUGACUGCCACUGCAGCUUCAAGGAGUACUGCGACACUGCGAAACACAAUACCACUUGCUUCAUCGACGCUGACGCGGCGUCGGGAUUAGAAAAUUCAUACGUACACGAAGUUUACGACGAAAUAUCUAGUCACUUUAACGAGACGCGACAGAAGCAGUGGCCCAAUGUAACCAAGUUCCUCGAAAAUUUGGACGUGGGCGCGUUGCUGUUGGACGUCGGCUGCGGGAACGGCAAAUAUCUACGCGGAAAUCGGAAUAUAUACAAAACGGGAUGCGAUCGUAGUUCAGGACUGACGGACAUAUGUCGUAAGCAAGAUUUCGAGGUUCUCCAAUGCGACUGUCUGCACCUGCCGUACAAAGACGAUUCCUUCGACGCGGCGAUCAGUAUCGCGGUGAUACAUCAUCUGUCCACUCGGGAACGAAGACAGCGCGCCAUUUCCGAGAUCGUUCGAAUAUUAAGACCAACGGGGAGAUGCUUGAUUUAUGUCUGGGCGAAGGAACAGCGCAAGGAUUCCGCGGACUCGUUUUACUUGAAGUACGGCAAGAAGCUCAAAGGAAAUGAGAAAAUUGAUCCGGACGAGAGCGGUCGUGAGACCGUCUCGGAACAUCGCUUGGUGCUGCCGGUUCAUGAAAACAGGUCGAAUUUUACUCACAGCGACAUGCUGGUUCCUUGGAAAAAAAAGGACGGCGAGCGUUUCCUGAGAUAUUACCACGUCUUUCAGGAGGGCGAGCUAGCCAAACUGUGCGCGGAAGUGUCCACGGCUUCAAUCAAAGAGGUUUACUAUGAUCAAGGCAAUUGGUGUGUGAUUUUAGAAAAGUGUAUCAAAAAGCUGUGAAAUAAAAACUAGUUUAUAGUCGA